AAUAGUUUAAAUCGACAAUAGUAUCUUCUCUUCUCGUCCAAAAGUGUAUUUAAUAGAAUUUAAUUAAUUCAUCAUAUCAAUUUAUAAUGGAAUCGAUUCAAAUACAUUCUGUGGAUGGAAGAGAAAUGUCCGUUUUACGAUCGACGUUUCGUCAAUACAGCCCAAGAAUAACAUCCAUGUUAAAACCAUUUUCGAACAACGUAUCUAUCAAUAUUUACUUACCUUAUGCAUACGAAUAUUUGCAAAUAAUCGAUGAAUUUAUGAAAAACAAUCUCCAAAAUUUUUCUCGUUGAAGCACGCAAUGAACAUUUAUCGAUUUAGCGAAAGAUUGAACAUAAUUGCUUUAAACUUUUACUGUCGAAAUUAUAUGAUCCAACCUUUUCGAAUAAAACAUGUUUGUGAAAUUUACGAGUUUGCUUGCGAAAUCAAUGACUAUAAGUUACAAUAUUAUUGCUGGAAGCAAUUUAGCGAUGAUUGGAACACAGUAUUUUUUAAAAAUAAAGAAGCUUUAGACUGUGGAGAAAUUGUGAUUCGUAGACUCGUCUCUCGUCCUAUAUAUGAAAAUUUGAACGAGAUGACUAUAUUUAACAUUGUUUACGAAUGGGCAAGACGUAGAGUGAACUCGAAAACAUCGCUGCGACAAGCCAUGACUCCAUUCUUACCUAAGAUCAGAUUUCUUACAAUGGAUAAUGAAUUUUUAAAUGGCUAUGUAUAUCCGAAACAAUUCUUAACAGAAGAAGAAGUAAAUGCGAUACAACACUACAAAGCAACAUCUGAUAAUUCAAUGAUUCCAGAUAGCAUUUGUAAAACAGAUGUCUCGAGAAACAAUGAAAAACCUACUUUUUGGUUCGUAUAUUGUAAUCGAAAUUCUUCCAUUCUCGGUAAAGAAAUGAAUAUGGAAAAGAAAUUCCAGUUCAUUUCGGAGAUAUGGGUUAAAGAAGAUUGCUUCCUCGUUGGAAUUAAACUUCCAAUUUUCCAUAACAAAAAAGUAGAAAUAAUAAUAGAAGUAAAGAUUUUUUAUGAAUACAGUAGUUGGAAAACCGAAAAAGAACAAAAAGCCAUUUGUGAGAAAAAUGGAAACGUUAAAUUGAAUCGAAUUAUUUAUGUUCCGAAAUCUUCUAUAGUUCGUGUAAUAGCUAAAAUUAAUGAAGUUGACAUCCCACGAAGUAACAUACGAAUUAGAAAUUUGGCAUGUCGUUAUAUACUAGAUGAAGGAAUGUCCGUAAGUUCCAGAGAACUGAGUAAAGAUAUAGAAUAUCUAUAUUGUAAUGCAAAACUUUAUUUUUGAAGUUUUUAAAAGCAAUUUUACAAGUUUACAAAAUUUCUAUGAUUUUUUUUUUUAAGUUUUUAGUUUCAAUUAUGAGCAAAAUUUGUAAAAGAUAUGACGUUAUAUAAGAAAUAAAAUGAUUCGAUGUAAUCCAGUUCAUUCUACCACACUCUUGUAUAUAGUGUAAUAUUUUUACGGUUAUUUCCUAAAUGAAAGCGAAAAUAUAAUUCGUUAUUAAUUAAUUAAUUAAAGGAAAACGUGCAAAUGUAAACGUAAAUUUGAAAGA